UAAUUAUACGGAUUACAUUAUAUGUAAAAAAUCAACACUCGAUCAAUACAAUGAAUGAACCUGUCGAAAAUUUAUCUGAUCAAAAUAAAGAUGAAAAUGCAUUUCAUUUACUGCAAAAGCACACUAAAACUGAAACAACCACUGUCAGUAAUCGGUUGAGUUCAAUGAGCAUUGAAAAAUACAAACAAUCCAAUAUGAAACAAUGUUGUUUUCAAUGUUGGACAUUGAUUCAAUCAAUGUUUACGCAUGGUCGUUGUUGGGCUAUUCGACUUGUUAGUUAUGAUUGGAUUGCUGGUAGAAUAUUUAUUGCAUUAUCAAUGAUAUUUAGUCUAGCAUCAUUUGGUAUUUAUGCAUAUGAAGCAACAAUGUGGCCAUCAGAAGUUGAAAAAUGCGGUCAUAAAGGUCGACGAUUUCGUUUAUUGGAUUUUUCAAUGAAUAUUUUCUUUCUGUUACAUUUUAUUGUUCGGUUGAUCGCAUCAAGCGACGUCUUAUUAUUUUGGAUUGAAUGGUAUUCCAUAUUGGAUUAUUUAACUGUACCGCCAACAAUAGUUGGAUUUUUCAUUAAAAGAACAUGGAUUGGAUUUCGUUUUGUACGUAUUUUUCGUUUGUGUAAUCUACCUGAAGUAUUAAAUAAUUUAAAUGUUAUCAAAUCAGCAUCCAGUCUACGUAUGUGUCAAUUGUGUACGCUAUUCAUCUCUAUUUGGUUCGCUGGUGCUGGAUGUUUUAAUCUAUUCGAGAAUACUGGAAAUCUAUACGGUGUUAAUGCAUACAAUGUUAGCCAACCUUUACCGUAUACAACAGCAUUGUAUUAUGUGAUUGUAACCAUGUCCACGGUUGGUUAUGGUGAUAUUGUACCACAAACUUAUUUAGGCAGAGCAUUCAUCUCAUUGUUCAUUCUAUUCGCAUUGGCUACAUUUGCUAGUGCUAUACCAGAAAUAGUCGAUAUGUUUUUUAAUGUCAGUAAAUAUUCUGGUGUUUAUCAAAAACCUGAAGGAAAAUCACAUAUUGUUGUUUGUGGUGAUAUAACUACUGAUUCUGUAAGAACAUUUUUAAGUGAUUUUUUACAUGAGGAUAGACAAAGAUCCGAUGUGGAAGUUGUAUUUAUCAGUCGAUCGAAACCGGAUUUACAAUUGGAAAAUUUACUACGAUUACAUUUUUUAAGAGUGAAAUAUUUCAGGGGCACUGUCAUGGAUCAUACUGAUCUUCAACGUGUCAAAAUGGAAAGUGCUGAUGCAUGUUUAAUAUUAGCCUCUGCAACAGCUAAAGAUCCAUAUCAAACGGAUGCGGCAAAUAUUAUGCGUGUUAUAGCUGUGAAGAAUUUUGCUAGUCAUGUUCGAAUUAUUGUUCAAUUACUUCAAACGGAAAACAAGGCUUAUCUAUUAAAUAGUCCAUAUUGGAAUUGGGAAUGUGGUGAUGAGAUUAUUUGUUUUAGUGAAUUAAAAUUAGGCUUCUUAGCACAAAGUUGUAUAGCUCCAGGAUUUUCUACAUUAGUAACAAAUUUAUUUACAAUGCAUUCUAUUAGAGGAUUAAAAGAAGCAGCUAAAUUUACAAAGAUUUAUGUCAAUCCACAUCAUUCGAAACAUGCACAUAAACCUUCCAUAUUAUCUGAUGAUUUCACUUCAAAUUCACUUUCCACAAUAGUCAUGCGUAAAUCACAAACACCAUCGAAAACAAUACGCGGAAAUCAUUCUUACUCAACGUCGUUAUCGUUUAAAAACGAAACAAGAAAGACACAAUGGUUGAAUAAUUUGCCUAAAUUAAUUAAAUCUUUAUUCAAAGCAAAGAAUAAUGUACAAGCAACAAACAGUAACUCUCUUAUACUUCAGUCAACACAAUAUUCCAAGCUUCCCACUUCAACCAAUUCAACGUUUGAUCCAGAAUCAUUGAAUAAUGAACAAAGUAAUCAAUUAUUAAUUGAUCCAAAUAAUUGGGUUGAUAAUUAUUUACGUGGUGCUAGUAUGGAAAUUUAUUCUGCUGAAUUUUCUAUUGCAUUCGAUGGUUUACAAUUUACUGAAGCUGCUGUUAUUUGUCGAAAAUACUUAGAUUUAUUAUUGAUCGCUGUGGUAGCUAAAGUUCAUGAGAACCAUGAUUUAGAAGUUAUUAGUAGAGUUUCAAAAAAUUUGAAUUCAUUCAACAAUAAUCAUGAUGAAAAUGACAAUCCUCUUGAUUCACAUGAAGAUAUUGAUGUUGAUGAUAAUGAUGAUGAGAAUGUUAAUUCUACUAAAUAUUAUUUAGCUGUCUCACCAACUCUAGAUAAACAUGUUAUUAUUAAUCAAGGAACUGUUGGAUUUUUUAUUUGUGAUUCACAAGAAAAUGCAAAUAAAGUUUCACAUUAUUGUAUUACUUGUCAUGUUAAUAAUUCAGCCAAACCGGAUAAUACACUCAACAUUCAUGCAUGUACAUGUCAGUUGAAAUCAAAAAAAUCUGGUUUAAAGUUUAAAACAAGUGGAUUAUGUAAAUUGAAAACAGAUUCACAUUGUUUUAAACAAUGUUCUAAACAUGAUCGACAAAAUGAUAAUAAUGAUGAUUUGAAAUCAUGUUCAAUUAUACCGGAAGUAACAGAAGAAUGCAAGAGACUAUCAAAUCCAUCACCCGUAACAUGCAAUAUAGAAAUAAGUAAAAAAGACGAUGACAUUAUUGUCACAAAUACCAACAAUGAUUUCAAUGAAUCUAAUCGAAAAUCUAAAACAUUGACAAGCAGAAACAGUGUUGUAUCAGCUUAUGAUACAGAAGAGCAUUAUUCAGAUGUAAAUGAAAGUCAACCUAGGCGAGCAAGUGAUACUGAUCUUCAAAUUAAAAAUCAUACACUUCAUUCCCCUUAUGAAUUUGAUAUAACAGGUAUGUAUUAUUAUUGUGAUCGUCAAGAAUUUCAAGAUAAUCUCAUUACUUCUAAUACACUGCAUAAACAAUCUCAUGAUUUAUACAAUCAUAUUCUAGUAUGUAUUUUAGCUGAAUCAGAUGCACCACUAUUAGGUUUGCAUUCAUUUGUUAUGCCAUUAAGAGCAAGUAAUUUUCAUCCAAAUCAAUUAAGAACUAUACUAUUUUUAGGUGAUUUAAAAUUUCUUCAAAGAGAAUGGUUAAAUAUAGCAAAUUUUCCGAAAGUUUAUACACUUGCUGGUAGUGCAUUAUCUAGAAAUGAUUUAAGAGCUGCACGUAUACAAUAUUCAUCAGUUUGUGUGAUAUUAGGAUCACGUGGUAUUAUUAAAGUUGAUGAUCCAUAUAUGUUAGAUAAAGAAGUGAUUUUGUGUACAUUGAAUAUAAGAGCAAUGCAAUUUCCUACUUCACAUCAACACAAACCAUCUGUACAUAAUAUUGUGAAACGUCGUAGCGGUUCUGAGAUCCCAUUGAUUACAGAAUUAAUGACAGAUAAUAAUAUCCACUAUUUAGAUCCAGAUCAUUCAGGUGGAGUACAGAUUGCAGCUUCAUUGACAGCACCAUUUGCUAAAGGUAUUGCAUUCACUAGUUCUGUACUUGAUGUACUAGCAAGUACUGCAUAUUUUGAUCGUAAUUCCAUGACAUUAAUACGUCAUCUAGUGACUGGUGGUGUUACACCAGCAUUAGAACAAUGGUUAGCUGAAGGUGGUGGUUUAAUUAGUUGUCGUGAUUGGCCUAUGAAAGGAAAAUCUUCACUGAAUCAAAAUAUUCAACCGACUAGAAAAGAUUUAUGUUAUUCUACUACUGUUGGCCUCCUUGAAACACGUCAAAGACCAAGAAUUGAACAAAUCUCUUUAACUAAUCCUCGUUUAGUGAAAAUGUCUAACAAUGGUGAAAUAAGUUUAUUUCAUAAUUAUGGUGAUUUAUUUUGUCAUGCUAUUCAAGAAUAUGGAAUUCUUUGUCUUGGCAUUUAUCGUUUAUCAUUUCAUACAUUUAAUGAAUUAACUCGUUUAAUCACAGUACCACAUACAAUUCAAUCUAAUAUGAAUUUGACUGAACAAUUAACAAAUAGAAAUAAUCAUAAAAAUUUACAAACUAAUAAUCAAUUACAAUUGACAAAAUUUCAUCGACGUUUAAGUACCUGUGGUCUACCUAUAGACAGAGUGUUACGUAAGCAUUCAUUACAAUUAAAUAGGAAAUCAUUUAGUAUUGAAGAUAAUUUACAACAAUCCAAUCAAGAACAACAACCAGUUCAACCACAACAACAACAACAUGAUCAUCAAACUAUGCAACAGAAUACUUUAUUAAAAUUUAUUAAUCAACAUUUUAAUAAAUUUGGAUUAAAUCGUUAUGUUAUAUCAAAUCCACCAUAUCAAUUUGUACUUUAUCCAACUGAUGUGAUAUUUUGUUUAUGUCCAUUUGAAAGUGAAUUGAUUUAAUCGAGAGAGAGAGAAAGAGAGAGCUCACUUCAAUACGUGAUUAUUUUAUCCUUGUGUUUAGUCUGCUUAACAUGUGUGUGUGUGUAUGUGUGUUAUAAUUCUUCAUUCAAGUUUGUUUUAUUGAAUGGCGGCCUACUAUUAUUUACUCUUGAAAUAUAUUUGUCCAAUGUGUUACACAAUGAAGUUAUUUGAUUAAAUUGAAUUCAAUUAUUUCAUUAUUUAUUUAUUUAUUUAUUGACUUGACAG